AUGAAAGAGUACCUAAUACGACUCAUUCAUUGUCAUAUGCUGGGUUAUGACGUUGAUUUCAGUAUUAUAUACGCUAUUAUGGCGACUCAAAGUGGGGAGACAGAAAUAGACAGACGUGUGGGUAAAUUGAGUCAUGAAUUAGGGAUCUUGCUCAUCAAUACACUGUUGAGGGACUUGAAAAGUCAGAAUUAUAUCGCCGUUUGUGCUGCUUUGAAUGCUGUUUCUUACAUCGAACCAGAGCAAAUGCUCGAAAGUGUACUGGACUGUGUCAUUCAAGCUAUAGACUUCCCAAAACAAGUGGUGAGGAAAAAAGCUGUAAUGGCUUUAUAUUCUCUAUAUAAGGAUUGUGGUGCGAACGGUGAGCGCAUCGAAAUGGCAUUAAGGAAAGCUUUAGUUGACAAAGACAUAAGUGUUGUAUACGCUGCUUUAUCCGUUUGGAAAAUGAUACUAAUGGAGCAAGGGGCAUCGAGGUUUCAGGAUUUAUUACCCGUUAUCUACAAUAUCCAUAGACAGAUAAUUGAAAAACGUAUACAUAUAUCAUUCAGUUACCAUGGUGUAAUGGCUCCAUGGGCACAACUCGAUUGCUUGAAAAUCUAUGGCAUAUAUCACGAGCUGGAUAUCGGAUCUCCUCAAGAACUGUAUAGUCUUGUUAUCGACUGUCUUGCUAGUAUAAAAAAGAAGUAUGAUAUGGCUUUUGCAAUUGUACUCGAAUGCAUUAAGCUCUUAGCUGCGAUUGACCCUAUUUUACUAGGGACAUUAUCAGCUCAAGAUGAAAAUCCUUUCCAACUACUAGUACCCUAUUUACAAGCAUCUAAUCACAACCUAAAAUACUUGGGACUAAAGGGUUUAACAUUUGUCGAUAAAUGUUUUUGGAAGACAAAAUGGCUGAAUGGAACCUUGAUAGCAGAUAUAAUCCGAACCUCAGCAUUUGAUGAUACUAUUUCAAGCCAGUCUUUAGAAAUCCUGGAUAGCAUAAUAGAUGAGAAAAUGCUUAAGGAAAUAAGUUCCCAACUUUUGGAGGCUCUAACGGAAAUACAUGAUUCCAAAGAAAACAGUACAAUGUUUGCCUAUUGGUUAGCGAACCGGCUAACAGACUAUUGCGCCUCAGAAGAUGUAUGGUUUGUUGAAACGUUAAUCAUGAUAUUGGCAGAGUCAAGAAAGCAUUUGGACGAGCAAUACGUCAUCUCAAAAUGUACAUUGCUCAAAGACACCUUAGCUAAUGAAACCGAUAGCACAAUUCUAAGAGAAGCAUCAGUUAACAAAGCAUAUCGCCUACUGGCGCGGACAAAUUCAAAUAUUUUCUCAUCAGUAUUCAUACAGUUUCUAUUUUGGAUACUAGGAGAGAAUGGGUAUUUGGCAUCCGAUGUUACUGACGUAGAUAUAAUGAGGCAAUUGCAAAAAUGGAUCAUGCUUGUUGAAGAUGAAUAUCUUCAAAUUUAUGGUUUACAAGCCAUUAAAAAAUGUAUAACCCGUAGUAAUGUAUGGUUGUCUGACUUAGAUGCCAUUCUAAUGAAUUUUAGGAAGUCAUCUCUCUCUGAAAGGCAAGCUACACUUCAUGAACUAACUUUGGAUAUUCAGGUAGCGUAUCAGUUGACCUCUAUUCUGAAGGACAAUUCAUUUGAAAGACUUCUAGAAGAAAGAAACAAACGCCAAGUAUUAAAAAAAAGCAGCCCUAAUCCUUAUGGUCCGCAUACUUUAUUGUUAACUGAUGGUCUUGACCGGAAAGCUUCUUUGCAAGUGGAACAGUACUCAAACAUUCCUCGCAUUCAAAACGAUGUAUCGGUGGAAGGAAAGAGAACCUACACUGAUAGUCCGGCAAAGAAGUUAAAGCAGGAAAAUAACCUGAUGUCGAAUCUCCUUGAACUUGAGCUGCAGAUUCCGGAAGAAGAAAAUCUCUCAUUAACAACAGAACAGUUUGGACAGUUGUGGUUACAAUAUCCUUGUGAAGAAGAACGAGUUUUUGAAUGCUCUCUUAGGCAAAUCAGAAAACUUGCUAAAAGGCUGCGUAAAACGUGGGAUUUAAGCAUCGUCCAAAUUGUCGGGGAAGAGUUUAUUGCUAUUGAAAAUAGUAGUAAAGUGGAUCCAAACAUUUUGGUACACAUAUUUUUACUGUCUGAUAAUACAUUUAAACUAACUCUUAGAGCGAAACAUAAAUAUGAGAUCACAAGUUUCCUCACUGACAGAGGCCUAGAGUAA